AUGGAUUCCUCUGAAAGCAAAGAUGUCCAAGUGGAUGAAGAAAAACGAGCGGUACCACAGGCAACUGUCGGUGUAGUCAUCGACGUGGCGGCCGACAAGAAGACCAAGCAAUCUUCGAAGGAAAAAGAACGUCAAAUUCAAAACAGCGGUAGCUCAGACGACAGCGAUGCAGAUUCCGAAUCGGAAGAUAGUGACGAGGAUGAGAAGGCCAAGCGGAAGAGGAAGAAGAAGCUAGCUGCUAAACGCGCUGCGGCCAAGGCGAAGCAGAAGGCCAAGGCGAAAAGUAGAAAAGGGAAGGGUAAGAAACACGACUCUGCGGAUGAAGAGUCGAGUGACAUGUCCUCAGAUCAGGGCUCGCAAUCGGACCUUGAUAAAAAGAAGAGAAGGAAGCGAAAGGAUUUGCGAGCCAAGGCUAAGAAAAAGGGCAAAAGCUACGAUAGUUCGAGCGGCGACAGCAACUCUGACUUGCCUUCGAGCACAACCAGUAGCAGUUCAGACUCUGACAAUAAGAAGUCAAAGCACAAGCGUGAAAAGGCCAAGCAAAAGAACAAGAAGUCGAAGAUCUCAGACGACUCAUCCUCGUCAUCCAGUGACUCAUCAACGGAAGAAGACGCUGUAGAAACGACUACCGAGGCAGCUCUUCUAUCUGCUGUAGAGGAAGAUAUCGAGACACAGGUUACAAACGUGAACAAUUUGCUCAACGCCCUCAAACUCAAACAGGCGACUGAUGCUGCUGCCGCCGCAGCCGCCGCCGUCACAACUACACUGCUUCCCAAGGCAGUGAAGAAGAACGCCCACGAGUUCAAGCGUAUCAACCAAGUCUGGGACACACAAAUCCACGAUUACAAGCUGGUCGAGAGCACGACUGAGCAGAAAGAUGAAUUUGACUGUGUGUUCACCGUGCGACGACGUUUUGACUGGGAUGGCAAACACCGCGAGACACAAGUCGACAUCAAGUCGAAGGUUCUCCGAAACGUACUCCAGGAAGUGCUGAAAGAAUGCAAGAGCAUCAGCUUAGUUGAGGAGACGCCACAUAUUGACCCUCACACCCUCUUCCACUACUACGACGAGCUGGAGGCACAUGUCAAGAAGACGUUGAAACCGAAGCUCAAGCGUGCAAAAAGGUCGAAGGAGAAAAAGCAGCUUAAGCAACAAAUUGCUCAGUGCAAGCUUCUCCUGGGCUACAUCGACGAGGACUAUGCUAAAACGCGAAAGGCAUUGAAGCCUAUGCUCAAAGCGGGAACGAUCACCUAUGACCUAUGCUGGGCACUGUUCAAACCAAACACGAUUGCAUUCACGCCUACCUACGGUAACAAAGACGAUGCGCGGUGCUUUAAAGUCGACUUUGCGUACGAGUAUGAGAGUUGGCUGAGUGGUGCAAAGUCGUGGUAUGUCAACGGUCGGUAUCUGGAAUAUGACGGUAAGGUCUUUGGGCUGGGCGACCACGAAGUGCAGAUUCCAGCGUUCAAGGGCCACAAGAAGAUUACCAGUCUGGCAGCAUAUCCACUGAAGUAUCACAGAGACCCUGAGGGCAUCAAGAAGCGACUCAUUGAACGGGGUAUAAAAUUUGUCGGUCUACAAGGCAUGAAUUACCGCCUGCAGAAAGGCAUUGCAUACCAGAAGGUGAAGAACACAAUCGCCAAAUUCAACAUCAAUGGCCGCGUCAUGGUCGAUCCAGCUAUCUUCCGGCGGAUCAAUCCUAACUAUCCGCUCUCAUACAUCAAGCAAGAUGAACUAAAGCAGGAUGAUGAAAACGACAAGGACGAGGAUGAAGAUGAUGACGAGGAUGAUUGUUGCUGCGCAGGCUCAGACGAGAAUGAGGGCUCCGAUACGGAGAAAGACAAACUGCGCACCGUCAUGUGGAAAGACCACAAAGGCAAGAGACAUCCUAUUCGUGUCCUUCAGAGCACAAUAGAUCAGGAGACUGGCGCAAAUGCCGCCUCGAAACUCGACGACGAAAAUGACACGUCAGACAAGAACCAUGUUUUCACUGAAGAAGAGCUUCUCAUCGCCUCUCCUGUCGUGCUUGGCUUUGCCUUCUCCGAAAAGCUCUGGCUCGAGAUCUCCCUCUCUGGCAUCGAAGAGAUCAACUGGAAUGCGGAAGCUUUCGACUCUCUGGUUUUGCCAGAUCGCAUCAAACAGAAUCUGAAGGGCCUUGUUUCGUCGCAUCGCUUCAACGCCGCGAGAACGAUCGACGACGUCAUCCAAGGCAAAGGCAAGGGCUUGAAUGUUGUACUUCAUGGUCCACCCGGUGUUGGCAAGACACUGACCGGCGAGUCCAUCGCGGAGUACCUCAAGUGUCCUCUCUACUCUGUUUCAGCCGGUGAACUUGGCACCAACAGCCGCUCCCUAGAAACUGACCUAAAUCGUAUCAUGGACGUCACACACUCCUGGGGUGCCAUUCUUCUCCUCGAUGAAGCUGACGUAUUUCUCGAGGCGCGACAACCUCACGACAUCCAUCGCAAUAGUUUGGUAUCGGUCUUCCUCCGAUUGACGGAAUACUACCAAGGUAUCCUGUUCUUGACAACGAACCGCGUAGAGACGUUCGACGAAGCGUUCCAGAGCCGCAUUCACAUGGGCAUCCGGUACGAGAAUCUGCAACCCAAGGCGAGGAAGAAGAUCUGGCAGCACCAUGUGGGUAAAGUGGAGGCGAUGAGCGCCAAAGAGGAGAAGAGUGAAAGUGUGGUGAAGCCAUUCAAGGAGGUUGACUUUGACGAGCUGAGUAAGCGAAACAUGAAUGGACGACAGAUCAAAAAUACCGUCAAAACGAGUCAAUCAAUCGCGCUUUCCGAGAAAGAAAAGUUCAGUAUGCAGCACAUCAAACGCGUGCUCGAGGUCGCCGAGGCCUUUGAAGACGAUAUGCGAGGCGGAAAGGGCUAUCGCGACGCGAUGAGACAGUACAUGUAG